UAGAAUUUUGUACACUAUAUACAUAGAACUUAAGUUUUUAAAAGACCAACAAAUUUUAUUGUGUACCUUUGGUUGAUUCAAUAUAUUUUACAUAAUUUUUCAAUAUGCAGAAAUUUAUUCUUCUUAGAACUUAUAAAGAAGAAGAUGAAUCGGUUUGCAAAAAGUUACUUAAAGCUAGUGUAAUGUAUUCGCUAAAUCAUACAUAUUUUGGAUUUCUUUUGGGAGUAAAUGCUAUGCGUAUAAUAAAUAUAUUAUCUAUAGUGUUCAUGUUUGUACUUAUGCUUAGAGAUUAUCCUGUGGGUUAUUGUAGUAUAGUUUUAUUUGUACCACCAAUUAUAUUAUACAUUGGAUUAUACGCAAAAUUUUUGUAUGAAGCUAGAGUUCUUGGAAAUGAAGUAUCUGAGAUUCCACGGAUUUUUACGCCCGAAAAUUCUUCGCGGUUCUGGAUAGCCGAAGCAUAUGAAGAUUUAUCAGCAAAUAAUCAGGAACAAGAUCAGCCAUAUAUAUUUAUGACAGAGGAAACAUUAAAUGAUUGUAAUGGUGAUGUUUCUAAACAUAAUAAAGAAAUUGUAGGUAUUAUAUCAGUCUGUAAAAGUAAUUGGGAUCCAAGAAUUGGUUGGCUAAAAUGUUUCUAUGUAAAGAAAAACUAUAGAAGAAAACGUAUAGGAACUCAACUUAUGAAUCAAGCUAUGGAUUUUGCCGAAGAUCAACAAUUUGAAUGUGUUAAAACGAUUGUUUCUCAAUUUCAAAAACAUAUUAUAAAUUUUUAUAAUUCGAGAAAUUACGCUGUUACUGCUAUAUCUGAUAAAACAUUUUUAGUAUCAAUUACGCUGUAUGAAUAUGUAUUUCGAACAAGGUAUUCCAGUUUAAAUAAUUAGAAAAUCGCGUAAUGUUCUAUCUAUGCCAAAAAAUUAAA